AUGGCUGGAAAAGAAUUACCUGGCGAUAUUAUCACGCAACCAACACAAGUCCUAUACUUCAAUGCGCCCUUCGACGACAAGAAGAACAUGCCCGUGCGACUGACCAAUAACGGGACCCGGCGGAUCGUGUGGGCGCUCAAAUGCACCAAUCUAAAAAGGCUAUCCGUUGAUCCGCCGGCCGGUGUACUGGACCCCAAAGAAUCGGUUUCGCUCUGGAUUUCUUGCGAACCCUUUAAUUAUCAACUAGAGAGCACCGAGGGCGACAGGAUAACUGUUGAAUGGACGGACGCCCCACCAGACGCGCCGAAGAAAUUUAACAGAGAAUAUUUUCAAUCAGAUGUUAUAAUAAGAAGGAAGAAUCUACAGAUUGCGUACAACGCGUAA